AUGGAAAACUCCAUAAACACGCAGAAUGAGAAUUUGGGUGUAAACAAAAUAGGGAAGACAAUAAAAAAGAAUUCAUCCCAGCAAACAAUCGAUUUCGGAAGCGGAAGACAUCAUUACCCACAGCCGAAAAUUCAUCACAUUCACAGAGAUGAUUUCAAGAGUUUUGUUAUGAAGACUACCGGAAGAGAAUCAAACCGGCCAACUAGAACUCAAUCUGAGUUUACUAGGUUGCAGCAAAACAGGCCUCCUCCGUUGGCCAAUGUGCAGCCCCUUGUUCGGUUUCCGAUGCAACCACAACCUCCGCGGGUGCCUUACAUUAAUGGACUGGCUGUCCCUCCUUUGCAGCAGAUUAGUGGUCCUCCGGUUUUCAAUAAUUCAUGGAGCAAUUUCGUCGAGUCUCCCAUCUCAGCUUUCAUGAGAAAGUUUCAAGAAUCGGAGAACUACUGCGGUGGUGGUGGCGAUGCUUCAAGAGGUAAUCAAUUCCAGCCAUACCCUCCUCCUCCUCCGCAACAACAAAUGAUCAACAAUGUUAACGUUAAUGAUCAAUUUCAACAGCAGUAUUUUUCAAUCCAAACUCAAAUGGUUAACAAUGUUGAACAUUAUAACCUAUCAUCUGCAAGCAACCAAACUUUUCCGAAUCCUAAUCCUUCCAUAUCUUUGAAUGUUGCUAGCAACCAAACUUUUCCUAUGAACAAUGGCAAUCAAUUUCUGAAUGGUUUUCCUCAGUCGCAAACAAAUUGCUCUAUGUCACCAACUUCUGAAUAUUUGUUGGCUUCGACAACACAAAAACUGAACGUCCAAUCUCCUCAGAGGCCUCUCCUGUCACCAAGCAUUUUCUCUUCACCUUCGUCACCGGAUUACCCUUUCAAACCAUAUCUACAUAAUGAGAUUUUAAGUCCCGAACCUCCGUCUCCACUUUCGGCAGGCAUAUUUCCUCUCACAAGUCCUCAAAGGCCAGAUAAUGAUGAAUAA